AUGGCUCAACAGUUCAGAAGAAAGUCGGCGCCCAAAGAUCCAGCUCCGGGCGAGCAUGAGGAAUCUUUUGUGAAAAUCGGGACACCCUUGCCUUCGCUGACCUCGACAAAAGUCGAUCAGAAUGUAUUUGAACCAAUCUGGAAACAAGAAGUUACCGAUGAGCAGGGACGAAGGAGAUUACACGGCGCGUUUACUGGCGGAUUUUCGGCUGGUUACUUCAAUACCGUCGGCUCAAAGGAGGGGUGGAAUCCAGCCGAGUUCAAAAGCAGUCGGACUGAUAAGAAAAGCCAGCCGAAAAGUUUCAGUCAGAAGCCCGAAGAUUUUAUGGACGAAGAAGACCUCGCUGAACUAGCUCAGUCGAAAGAACUCCAAACCAAUUCAAACUUUGGCUCCAGCUCCACUAACUCAUUGCGCUUGCCCCGAAAAAUAUACGACCCGUUGUCAGGAACGGUAGAAGAAGACUCUGUAUCAGAUUUACUUGGAGGACAACCGACGCGCCCAUCUGGAAUAGACCUCGCGCUAUCGGACUUGGUUCAACCUAGCAAUGCUCGAGCAGGUCAGAAAAUUAUGAGGAAGAUGGGGUGGCGCGAUGGCCAAGGUAUCGGACCGAGAAUCACUCAUGAAAGAAGGCUCUUGCUGGCAUCCAAACUAGGCGUUGAUCUGAAUUCACAGCUCGAUCUCGAAGACGAUCCAGAGCGCAAAAAACAUUUGUAUGCACCUAUCGAUCGGCCCUUGACGCCGAUGCUACCAUGGCCUGGGACUUCGGGGCUAGGUCACACAAAACCGACAUCAUCUCACUAUCUGGGCGACCCAUCCUCAUCUUCAAUAAAACCCCAUACCAAUGCGCAAAAUCAAGGUCCGCAAAUUCCCAAAGGCUCAUCUUUUGGCUUGGGUGCCUUGAACGACACAGAAGACGACGAUCAUGACGUUUAUGCACCAGCAUUUGAUCAAGUCACCUCUGAUCCGCGCGCUCGCCGUCUCUUGAACUUGUCCGAAGACAACACAAACUCACAUAAGCCACCUGAUCAUCGAUCUACACAUACCGCCAACCGAUCCUCAAGUCCUGGAAAAAGGUCUUUCCAAGAUAAUACACCUUUACCGAAAGGAUUCCGCCUUUCGAAUACUCCAACGAAAGAUGUUACACCUACCUCUUAUGUCCCGCCACAAGUUCCUCAAACAUGGAAGCCUUGCCCGAAGCAGAUUUGGGAAGCCGCAAGGACACAUAGACAGCCUCUUGGAGUCCAGCCAAAUCCUCACCAAUCUUCUCGCCCAAUAAAUGCUCAUGACCGGGCUCGAUUGAUAGGGGAAGAAGCACCACCAAAAUCAGUCUUCGACUUCAUUUCUGCUAAAGACAAGGCUCGAAUAGAGGACGCCAAGCAACUUGCCCAGGCUUCACAGCACUCUAAGAGUUUGAAACACGAAAGGGAUCGCGAAAGUGUGGCGGCCGGUGCAGCGAUCACAAUACCUCCGUUGGAACCAAGCAUUGCUCAAGCCGCUUUGCGUGGCUUCAUGCCGUUUUCGCACGAUCUACCCAAACAGGAACGAUAUAAACUGUACCUCCAAUCUCAAGGUGGUAUGCUACCGAAAGGAACUCAAUUUUCCCCCAAAAUCACGCCGCAGAUGACCGCCGAGGUGAUUAACAAAGAGUUGGACGGCUUUGUCAAAAGUGCCAUGAUGUUCAAGCCCAUGAGCGCCAUGAUGGCUUCCCGCUUCACAUCAGCCGCUACCAGCUCUGCAGGCGGUGAGAUGGCAGCCCCUGAGCCCGGCCUCCGACAGCCUGUCUUCCUUGAGGAAGAGCCCGAAGAAAAGUCUACCCAAGAUGACGAAAAAGAAGGACUGAAAGAACCGGAGGUAGUUAGCGAUGCUGCUCAGGCCGUGCGUAUGGACAUGUUCGGCAUGCUGACUCGGUCGAUCAAGAAGUUUUAUCCGCAAAAACUUCUGUGUAAACGUUUCAAUGUUCCUAAUCCAUUUCCUGAUGGUCCACCCGCCGAACCGGCAGCGAAAACGGCAAGUAAUAAUUUAUCUGAUUUCUUAAGCUCUCAAGGGUUUCAACAUGCGGUAACUCCCGUCAGCACUAGUGGUUUGAAUGAACAACAAUCGGGGGAUAACUUGUGGCUUCAAAGUGAAACCAACCAAGAUGCACCUCAAACAGUCGAAAAAGUUGGUUUGGGUGGUGAUCAAACUCAAGGCCGAGAAAUCCUAACUACCUCCAGACCGUCGAUCGACCUUUUCAAAGCCAUAUUUGCCGACAAUAGUGAUAACGAAGGUAGCAAUAAUGAACCCGACGAUUUGGCCAACCAAAUCGAUGAAUUUCCUCCGCCUCGGGAUCGGGUAAAAGAAAAUUCAGCUCCAAGCUCGAACCUCACACAUAUCGUCGUCGACCAACAAGUAGUUUCUCUUACACCGGUUGUCGUCGAUCCCAAAGCCGUCGAGAGUCUCACAAGCUUCCGGCCGACCUUUCGUGUUCAGAAGGAGGAAGAUUGCCCAAUGAAUUCUACUGAGACAACGUUGAGCAAGAAAGCUAGCAAGAAGAAGAAACGGCCGGUGUUGAUUUCAUUUGAAGAUGAUCAGGCCGAUGGACAGGCAGCUACCGAAUCGAAGAAAAAGAAAAAGAAGAGGCUAUCGAAGGUCCAGGAUAAGUCGCAUCGAGAGUCUCUGCCUGGACAAGCUACUCACGAUCAAGCCAAAGUGAAUGACGCCGGAGGUGAGAAAGAUGAGGAUGAAUGGGUGGAAUCUGUGGUCCCCGUUCCUCCCCCUCCCGAACCGAAGAAACCAGCUUUGAGCGAGUCUAAUUCUUCUAAACCCUACAAGAAAAUCGCUCGCAUGAAAGCUAGUGAUAUGAUGGAUUGA